CCAAAAAAAUUGAAAGGAAAGAUAAAGAGAAAUGGCAAAUGAGAUUUCAUGCAUAUUUCUCUCCUGUAUUGUUAUUCUAUCAUGAAAUAGCUGAAAGACGCCUCCUGAGUUUAUUUCUGCUGCUCAGAAACCCCACAAGCCCAGAGAGGCAGAGACAAGGCUGCUGGGAGAAGAGUUUGGGCAGCACUGAAUGAGUUAUCUAUCUGAAAUAGUGAAAUAAAAAGGAAGCCAUCAAUCAGCUUUCUUAGCUGAGAAGGAGAAAAGAAAGGGAUAGAGACAACCCAUGAAGGAUAAAAAAGAAAUAUGAGAAAAGGACUCGACCCUCUUUGUGGCAACUUGUAAAGAUACUACUUUGACAAGAAAGUUUCGAUCUUUCGCAGCUCUGUGACCUUACCUAUCCACGAUUCUAUUGCUAUAUAUCCUUAUAAUUAGAAUACAAAAGAAAACAAAGGACAGAGCAAGAGAAUGGUCUGAAGAGCUUUGCAUGGCGACCCACAGAAUAGGAGAAACUGGUUUAUCUGAGUCAGGACCUUCAACUUCAAGUCACCAUGCUCCUUAUGGGGUUCUUCACGGGAUUAAUUCUCCUCCAUCCAGCUUAAUCAAUCAAGGAUCUGGUUUUUACUUUGGAGGAUUGGAAGAAGCAAUUCUGCAAGGAGUGAAGAUUAGGAAUGAAGAAGCCAAAGCAUCUUUAUUCACAGGCAAGCCUGCAGCUACACUGGAGAUGUUCCCUUCAUGGCCCAUGAGAUUCCAGCACAUCCCAAGAGAAAGUGGUUCAAAGUCGGGAGGGGAGAGCACUGAUUCAGGAUCAGGACUGAAUACUAUUUCAAGCAAAACAGAAGCACAGUUUGAAUCAGAAUCUCCCUUGAGUAAAAAAGCAUCUUGUACUGAUUAUCAGGCUCUUGAGCAGCAGCAGAAACAGCAGCUACAGCAACUAGAACAGGAGAUGGCAAUCGAUGCCUCAAGAUGCCAAACACAGAAUCAGAAUCAAUCAGCUGCUAGACCGUUGAAGGGAAAGAGGAAGGGAGGCGGUCCUGCAUCAGAGAAACAACUUGAUCCAAAGACACUUAGGCGUCUAGCUCAGAACAGAGAGGCUGCGAGGAAAAGCCGUCUCAGAAAAAAGGCUUACGUGCAGCAGCUAGAGUCAAGUAGAAUAAAGCUUUCCCAGCUCGAGCAAGAGCUUCAAAGAGCACGCUCUGAGGGACUGUUGAUGGGCUCUGGUGGUACUGCUAGUGCCAACAUAAGUUCUGGUGCUGCAAUAUUUGACAUGGAAUAUGGAAGAUGGUUGGAAGAAGACCAGCGGCACAUGGAGGAGCUGCGACGGAGCUUGGAGGUGGCGGUGUCGGACAAUGAACUGAGAGUAAUGGUGGAGAGUUAUUUGAGGCACUACGACGAGAUAUUUGAACUGAAGGAAGUCGCAGCAAAAUCAGACGUGUUUCACGUCAUGAACGGAAUGUGGACCACCCCGGCCGAGCGAUGCUUCCUCUGGAUUGCCGGGUUCAGACCCUCCGAUCUCAUCGGGAUGUUGAUGCUGCAGUUAGAGCCGGUGGCGGAGCAGCAAAGAAUGGGGAUGUAUGAGCUGAGACAGUCGACGCUGCAAGCGGAGGAGGCUCUGACUCAGGGGCUCGACCAGCUUCAGCACUCUCUCCUUCACACCGUCGUCGGAGGCCUCACUGUCGAUGGCGUUCACCAGAUGUUUCUCGCUAUGACCAAGCUUUCCAACCUCGAAGCCUUUAUCCGCCAGGCCGAUAAUUUGAGACAGCAAACACUUCACCAGUUGUGUCGACUGCUGACAGUUCGUCAAGCAGCAAGAUGUUUUCUUGUGAUCGGAGAGUACUAUGUUCGUCUUCGAGCUCUUAGUUCUCUUUGGGCAUCACGACCACGAGAGGCAUUGAUCAACGAUGAGACAUGCCAACAAGUAGCAACAAACAUGGCAAUAGUUCAGUCGUCCCAGAACCAUUUCUCGAGUUUCUGAUAAUACAUGAAACCAUUACCCUGAAAGUCGUUUUUGGUGCGAGUGAACAUGGAUAUCAAGAAGAACACGGCGUGUUUCUAUAUUUUUCUUCUUUUUCAGCAUUAAAUUAAAUUCACCCUUUUGAUAACUAUAUAAAUAUAUAUAUGUUGAUCGCGAGUUUCAUGUGAUUGAUGAGGAAGCUUCUACUUUUGCUAAAAAGAAGUACAAUUUAAACAGUCCAUAUUGAGGAGGUGAGUUAAUCAUGUA